AUGGAUGCUUGGUUUCGAACUGGGUAUUGUCGUAAGACAAAGCUGUCAAGUGAUGAAGGAACUAGUAGUAGUGGAACUACUAGUAGUGAGAUUGUUGUAACUAAAAUAUAUUUUCGUAAGUAUAACCCUGACUUUUUAAAAAUCGGGUUUGUAGUUUUGGUACUAAGGGGGAGCCUAUGCCACAGUAUGUGAUUUUUUUCGAAACGCUAUUCAACAAAUGUAUGAAAUUUUCAAAAUUUGAAAGACAUUUAUCAACUAAACAUCCUGAAUGUGUAGAAAAAUCUCUUGAUUUCUUUCAAAUCAAGAAAAAAAAAAUAUUUCUAUUACUAAAUCAGUCAUGGAAAAUCUUCAAAACAAAACAUAUCCAGUACCCAAGUUUGUUAAUCGCAAAAAAGGGGUCAGCUCACACCGUGGGAGAAGAAUUUAUUAUUCCCGCAGUAAAAAUAAUAAGUAAUACUUUGUUUGAUGAAGAAUGUACCAACAAAAUUAAUAAUAAAAAUAAUAAGCAUAUAGCUUUUAACAAAAUUAAUGAAAUUCCGUUAUCAAAUACAACUGUGAAAAGAAGAAUUGAUGAAAUGCUGGAAAAUGUUAAAAUAGCUAUUAUUACUGUUUUAAAACAAAGUGAAUAUUUUUCACUGCAACUGGAAGAAAGUACAGACGUUGCUGGCCAAGCUAAUUUAUUAGCUUUUGUUCGUUUUAAGUUGAAUGGUAAUAUUGAAGAAGAAAUGCUGUUUUGUCAGUCUUUGUCGACAAAAACAACUGGCGAAGAAAUUUUUAAAUCUGUUGACAGCUUUAUAAAAGAAAGCGAAGUAGAUUGGUUUAAGUGUGUAGGUUUGACAACGCGGGACACGUACUAUGUCUGAAAUUCAUACUGGAUUAAUUGCCAGGGUUAGGUCAGUUGCUUCCUUAGUUCAAUGGACACAUUGAAGCAUACAUAGAGAGGCUCUUGCAGUUAAAGGUUUGGACGAGUGUCUCAAAAAUACUCUUAAUGGUGCAGUUAAAAUCGUCAACUUUAUUAAAGCAAAGCCUAAAAACUCCAGACUGUUUGGUGUUUUGUGUAAUAAAAUGGGAAGUGAACACAAACAGCUUCUACUUCACUGUGAAGUUCGUUGGCUGUCAAUAGGUAAUUUGGCGUAUUUGGCAGAUAUUUUUGUUGCCCUCAACGUUCUUAAUUUAACUCUGCAAGGCAAAGACGUUCAUAAGUUUUUUGUGCAAGACAAAGUUUAUGCAAUUAUAUUCAAGCUUUAA